AUGCUACAGCUGCGGAGGCAUGGAUCACAUGCGCCGAGAAUGCCAGGCUACAAGGAUAUGGUGCCAAAAGUGCCGUUCGGAUACUCACAAUACUGGCGCUUGUCGGCGGAGAUCACUCACAGUCAAUUUGAUGAGCGCUAUGUCCUCUCAUCACGUGUACAUACUGGGCGUAGCAUCCGGGGCCUCAGCCUUCCUCCAGCUUGUACCAGAGCAGAGAGAAGAGAAGUGGAAAAUGUUGUGGUCACUGCUCUAGCUGGGCUGAAAGGAGACCUUUCUGGAAAGUACUAUAGUUUGACCAAUAUGUCUGAGAAGGAUCAGCAGCAGCUUAUUGAUGAUCCUGAACUACACCAUCUCAUGGUCACUGCAGCCAAGGCUACCUUCUUUGACCUUCUCAUCCUCUCCUUGUUGCAGUUGUACCUCCUAACUGUGUUCAUGUUUGAUGAUAUGUUCUUCAUAGCUCAGCGUCAGGGCAGCAUGAUGCAUAACAAUGACAAGACGUUUCUUAUCUGGAUUAAUGAAGAGGACCACACCAGGGUGAUCUCCAUGGAAAAGGGUGGCAACAUGAAACGGGUGUUUGAAAGAUUUUGCCGAGGUCUGAAAGAGGUUGAAAGAUUAAUUAAAGAACGAGGCUGGGAGUUCAUGUGGAAUGAACAUCUUGGAUAUGUCCUGACUUGUCCUUCCAACCUGGGAACUGGUUUACGUGCUGGAGUCCAUGUUAGGCUGCCAAAGCUUAGCAAGGAUCCUAGGUUUUCAAAAAUCCUGGAGAACCUGAGGUUGCAGAAGCGCGGCACUGGUGGAGUGGACACAGCAGCUGUAGCAGAUGUGUAUGAUAUCUCCAACCUGGACCGCAUGGGUCGAUCAGAGGUAGAAAUAGUCCAGAUUGUCAUUGAUGGGGUCAACUAUCUAAUUGACUGUGAGAAGAAACUGGAAAGAGGUCAAGACAUUAAAGUACCACCACCAUUACCUCAGUUUGGCAGAAAGUGA